GACAGGUCUUCGGAAUGCUAGACCAUCCCAGCUUCAACUUCCCUACGAACAUUUUUCUACACCGCUCAUCCAUGCCUUAUCUGGCAAAUGUGUUUGGGAUUAACACGUAGCAAUCUCGUAAUUGCUAUUUUGGUAGCGAGGCCCUCAGAGCCUUGUUACUCAUUACUCUCGCGAGAUCAAAAGGUGGCAGGGUGGGACGAAGCUCAAACAGAGAAUGACUGCAUCUCUCGAUCUAAGUUAGGGUGCAGUCGGAUAGUGUGGGCGGAUUUAAUCCUGGACAAUCAGCUUGCAGAUAAUCGCGAUGACAGACGCGAGGAAGCGGGUUGUUAGGGAGCUUCAACCAACAUAACAUGAAGCUCUGUAUGAUAUAUAAAUAAUGUUAGUAAAAGAAGCUGGUGCUUUGAAUAUUUC